AUGCCUCGAAGUCGACGACGGCAACAACGACGCGCACCAACCCGAUCACCACCUGACGAGUAUUCCUCGCCAGCUGCGGACAGCAAUUACGGCAUUCGCAGAUCCCGGGAAGGCAGUGAGGAUAAACUGAUGGAGAGACAUUUGAUGUCAAAGAAGAUCACGGAGCUGAACAAUGUUCUGGAGAAAAUCAAUGGUGCGACGAAUAAAGUUAUGAUCGAGAUGGACAACCGAGUGGAUGAUCUGAACAGGGAUUGGCAAAAGCGGCUGCAGAGUCAAAAUUUCAAAUGGAAGGACCGGAUCAGCGCCCUCAGUAAUUAUGACAACAGAGCGCCACAGGAUACAGCUCGUCCAUCUGGCGACUCGUUCGAUAUUGGUAAUUCGAUGUGGCGCACCGAGCGUCGCCUCACUGAAAUCGUUGAUCGUCUCUCAUCCAUACCAAGAAUGGAGAAAAACUUGGAGACGAUUAUAAAAAUGGUCAACCGGAGCUACUACUAUCGGCCACAUGCCAAAACGGUGAGUUUGAGACAAAGCGACCUUUCUCAAGUUUUUAACAGAUCUUUGCAAGCUUUCUAG